UGUGCAUUUGGGAGCAUAUGUGUGUCUGCUUACUGUGUGAGCAUGUGGGAGUAUGUUGGAGCAUGUGUGCACUGUGCAUGUCUUCAUGCUUCUGUGUAUGUGUGCACUGUCCACUGUCUUCAUGCUUCUGUGUGUGUGAGCACAUGUGUGCAUUGUGUCUUCAUGCUUCUGUGUAUCUAUGGGAACAUUGUGUGCACUUGUGGGUGUGAGCACGUGGAGGUAUGUGUAUACACUGCAUGCUUCUGUGAGUGCCUAUGGGAGCAUAUGUAUACGCUGUGUGUAUGCUUCUAGUGUGCAUGUGGGAACAUGUAUGUGUACUGUAUCCUCAUGUUUCUGUGUGUGCAUGGGUGUGCACUGUGUGUAUGCUUCUGUGUAUGCAUAUGGGAGCAUGUGUGUGCUGUAUGUCUUCAUGCUUCUGUGUAUGCACAUGGGAGCUUGUGUGCACUGUGUGCAUGCUUCUAUGCGUGUAUGUGGACUUGUGUGUGGGGAGUGUCUCUUCAUGCUUCUGUGUGCUUGUGGGAGAAUGUGCGCUGUGUCUGCAUGUCUUGCAUGUGAGAGCGUAUGUGUGCACUGUGUGUCUGCAUGCUUGUGUGGGAGUUCGUGUGAGCACUGUGUGUCUGCAUGUUUGUGUGUUCAUGUGAGAACAUGUGUGUGUACUGUCUCCAUGCUUCUCUGCAUAUGGGAGUGUGUGUAUGCACUGUGUGUCUUUACGCUUGUAUAUGUGUGCGUGAGAGUGAGUGCAUGCUUCUGUGUGGGAGUACAUGUGUAUGUUUGCAUGCUACUUGUGAGUGUGGGAGUAUAUGGGAGCAAAUGUGUGCACUGUGUGUGUCUACAUGCUUUGGUGAGUGCACAUGGAAGUGAGUGUGCACUAGAUAUGUGUCUGCAUGCUUGUGUAUGUGUGUGGGAGCAUGUGCGCACUGCGUAUGUGUCUGCAUGCUUGCAUAUGCAUGUGGGUGCACUGAAUGUGUGUCUGCAUGCUUGAUGCAUGUGUGUUCACUGAAUGUAUGCCUCUGUGUAAACAUGUGAGAACAUGUGUGUACUAAGUGUCUGCGUCCUUCUGUGUGAGGAAGAGUGUCUGCGCUUCUAUAUGUGCAUGUAGGAGCAUGUGUGUGUUAACUGAGUGUAUUUCUGCAUGGUUCUGUCUGUGUAGGAGCAUUUAGGAGCAUGUGUGCACUGUUUGCAUGCUUGUGUGUGCAUAUGGACACUGUGCAUGUCUUUAUGCUUCUGUGUGUACCUUUGGAAGCAUGUGUGUGCUCUGUGUCUUUUGUGUGUAUGUGGGGGAGCCUAUGUGUUUGGUGAGUAUGUGUCUGCAUGCUCUGUGUGUGCUUGUGUGUGUUAACUAAGUGUGCAUGCUUUUGUUUGAGUAGUAGCAUUUAGGAGCAUGUGUGCACUGUUUGCAUGCUUGUGUGUGCACUGAGCGUGUGCUUGCUUCUGUGUGUCUACUUGUGUGUUGUAUGGCAUCAAGCUGUUAUAUCUAUGUGUGCAUUGUCUAUGCUUAUGAGUGGGCAUUUAUGCACUGUGUCUGCAUGCAUGUAUGUAGGGGCAUGUGUACAGGCUCUGUGGGUGGGUGUGCACUGUGCAUGGCCGUUGUCUCCAUAAGGGGGCCUGAAGUCCUGGACCUUGCAGCUACAGAGUGCCUCCAUGCAGCCCUGAGGCCAGGCUGGGAGUGGCCCCUCCUGCAGGUGCUGUGUAUAUGUGUGCCUGUGGAGUCCUCCAGCCCCCUGGUGAUGAGCAACCAGAAAGAGGUGCUACGCUGCCUCACUGUGUUAGCUUGCUGCUCACCUGACCGUUUAUUGGCCUUCCUGCUGCCCAAGCUGGACACAAACAAUGAGAGGGCUCGUGUGGGCACCCUUCAAGUCCUGAGGCAUGUGAUUAAUACGGCUGCUCCCCAGAUGGAGGUGAAGAAACCCUUCAUUCUCUCCUCCAUGAGGCUUCCUCUUCUGGAUACCAACUGCAAGGUGAAACGGGCAGUGGUGCAGGUGAUCAGCGCCAUGGCCCACCAUGGCUACCUGGAGCAGCCAGGAGGUGAGACGAUGAUCGAGUACAUCGUGCAGCAGUGUGCGCUGCCCCCUGAGCCGGAGCCUCAGAGAUCAGCACCUGAAAGUAGUGAGGACCUCACAGCAGACAGUGUGCGGGACAUCAGCAUCAACACCCUCUACCUGGUCAGCACCACAGUGGACAGGAUGAGCGAUGUACUCUGGCCUUACCUGCUGGAGUUCCUUACCCCUGUGCGCUUUACCGGUGCUCUGACCCCGCUCUGCCGGAGCCUCGUGCACCUGGCUCAGAAAAGGCAGGAGGAAGCACCCCAUACUUUCCUCAUCCAGUACGACGCUCAUGUGAGCCUUCCGACCCCUUACGCCAUCAUCACCCGACUUCUGGUUGUGUCCUGUCGCCCCUACCUGGGUGAUGGCCGUGGGGCUGCCUCACUACGUCUCCUGAACGUUCUGCAUCAGAACAUCCACCCUGCACUGGGCCAGCGCUGGGAGACUACCAUACCCCUGCUGCUGGGGUACCUGGAUGAACACACUGAGGAAAGUCUAUUUCAGAAGGAGUGGGAGGAGAAGCUGCUGAUGUUCCUUCGAGAUGCUCUGACUGUCGUGUCUGACAACACGUGGACCUGCCAGUUGAGCCUGGAGAUGUGUAAGCAGCUGCCCAGCUACAACGGGAUGCCACAGGAGAAGAACUUCCUGUACAAGUGCAUUGGGACAGCCCUGGGUGCUGCCUCCAGUCCAGAGGUGAUCAGGAAGCAGCUGCAGGAGCUGCUGGAGAUGGCCAGAUACCAGGAGGAAGAGGAGUGCGAGGGCCUGGCCUGCUGCUUUGGGAUCUGUGCUGUCUCCCACCUGGAUGACACCCUGGCCCAGCUGGAAGACUUCAUCAAGUCAGAUGUGUUCCGAAAAUCUGCUGGCAUUUUCAGCCUUUUUAAGGACCGGAGUGAGAACGAUGUGGAGAGAGUGAAGGGGGCACUGAUUCUUUGCUACGGGCACGUGGCGGCGCUGGCACCCCGGGAGCUGGUGCUGCCCAAGGUGGAGUCAGAUAUCCUCAGGAACAUGUUCCAGUACUUCAACACCAAGGUUCUGGGAAUAAAGGUAGAAACCAAGGACCCAGCCCUGAAGCUCUGCCUGGUGCAGAGUGUCUGCAUGGUCAGUCAGGCCAUCUCCAGCAGCACCCAGGCCUCUUCCUUCCACUUCUCUCGGAAAGCAGAGCUGGUGGCACAGAUGAUGGAGUUCAUUAAGGCUGAGCCCCCAGACUCCCUGCGAACCCCCAUUCGGAAAAAGGCCCUGCUGGCCUGUACUUACCUGGUCUCCCUGGAGCCAGCUCUAGAAGAGAUGGUGCGGGCAGACUUGAUCCAUGGCUGUCUACAUGGUGUCCUUGCUGUGCUGCCUGACCCUGAUGGGGAUGACUCUGGUGGCCAGGAGUCCCUAUAUCUGGACACCAUGCAUGCCCUGGAGAAUUUGCUGACGAGUCUCCUGCAGCAGGACUUGAGCCCACAGAAUCUGCAGAUCAUGGUGGAGCAUCUGAAUCCAUGGAUCAAGUCCCCUCAGAGCCACGAGCGGGCACGGGCAUUGGGCCUGAGUGCCCACCUGCUGCAGCACUUCCUGGAGCACUUGCGUGUCAGCGCCCUGGUGCCCUUCCACAACCUGGGCCUCCUCAUCGGUCUGUUUGCUCCCCGGUGCACGGACCUGUGCCCCGCCACCCGCCAGGAGGCUGUGAGCUGCGUCUACUCACUGCUCUACCUGCAGCUGGGCUAUGAGGGUUUCUCCCGAGACUACCAGGAUGAAGUGGCUGAAGGGCUCCUCAUGCUCAAGGAGGCCCUUGCACAUCCUGAGCCGGCAGACCCCAGCCUCCUCUUUCACACCUCCCAUAGCAUCGCCCAGAUCAUCGCGAAACGCCUCCCCCCGGAUCAGCUCAUCAGCCUCCUGCUCACCUUAUUCGAGAGCCUGGGGGACCCUGACAGGAAUUGCUCACGAGGAGCUGCGGUCAUGGUCAGCUGCCUGCUGAAGGAGCGGGGUGGAGUGCUUCUGGAGAAGGUGCCUGAGAUUGUGACUGUGCUGCGUGCCAAGCUGCAGGAGACUCAGGAGGAGCACGUCCUACAGGCUGCCCAGCACAGUGUGUACCUGCUGGCAUCCCAGCACCACACUGCCGUGGUGUCCAGCCUUCUGGGCAGUCCCCUGCCCUUCGACAGUCACACCCGCACCCUGUGGCGUGCCAUGGCUGUGGAGCCCAGCUUAACCGCCCAGGUGUUGGGGCUGCUGCUGGAGAAGAUGGGCAGGGACGUCCCCUUCAAGGAGAGCCGCACCUUCCUGCUGAGUGCCUCCCCUGACCGCGUGGCGACGCUGCUUCCUCUCGCUGCUACCUGUGCACUGCAUGAGAUCGCAUCCACCCCAGGAUCCAGACCAGGAGUCCUGGAGCUGUACCCCCAGCUGUUUGCCACGCUUUUGCUGCGUAUCAGCUGCACCGUGGGUGUCCAGCUGCCCCGAAACUUGCAGGCCAAGGAGCGGCGGAGCACCAGCUUCGGUCCAGCAGCCAGAAGCCUGGACCCAUGCAGCUUGGCCGUGAGCGCUCUGCAGGCUGUGUUGCUCAGAGCAGGCAAUGAGGACGUGGUGCAGAGCCUGGAACAGGAUGGGGGCUGGGGGCUGCUCCAGACCCCGGGAGGUCACGAGGAGGGCGUCGCUCAUCUGGCCAGUGCGAUGGCCAAGUUUGCCGGCCCCCGGCUGCCCUUGGUGAUAAAGGCGCUGCUAAGCACACAGAACAGUGUGUACGAGGCCCAGAGGGUCGCCUCCACAGCGUUCCUGGCCCAGCUGCUUGGCAGCAAUGUUGUGAAGGAUCUGAUGCUCCUGGACUCGCUACUGGACAGCCUGGUGGCCCGGCAAAAAGACCUGUGUGCCGGGGUGCGCCGGCUGGUGCUCCGAGGCCUGGCCAACAUGGCCUCCUGCCCUGCAGAACAGGUGCAGGCUCACAGUUCUCAGCUCCUGACAGCCAUGAUCAGCGGUCUGGAUGACAGGGAUGACCCCCACAGCCUGGUGGCCUUGGAGGCCAUGGUGGGCCUGGCAAGGCUCCUGGCUCUGCUUGCACCGGGGGACCUGCGCUGUGUGCUGCUGCAUGUCGCCAUCCGCAUCCGGCCCUUCUUUGACAGUGAGAAGAUGGAGUUUCGGGCCGCAGCCAUCCGUCUCUUUGGGCAUCUCAACAAGGCCUGCCACGGGGACUGUGAGGAUGUCUUCCUAGAGCAGGUGGUGGGCGGGCUGGUGCCCCUGCUGCUUCACCUGCAGGACCCCCAGGCCCCAGUGGUCAGCGCCUGCAAGUUUGCCCUGUGCAUGUGCAGCCCCAACCUGGAGUGCGAGGAGCUGGUAGAAGCCUUCCAGAAGCACCUGCAGGAGGGCCGGGGUCUGCAUUUUGGAGAGUUCCUCAAUACCACAUGCAAGCACCUGAUGCACCACUUCCCGGACCUGCUGCCGCGCCUGCUGAGCACCAGCCUCUUCUACUUUAAGAGCUGCUGGGAGGACGUCCGCGCUGCCGCCCCCAUGCUCACGGGAUUCCUGGUGCUGCACGUGGAGCCAGAGCACCAGCCCCAGGUGGAUCUGGAGCAGCUGGUUCUGGCACUACAGCUCCUCCUGAGGGACCCAGCCCCCACCGUGCGUGUGAAGGCUGCUGAGACGCUGGGCCGCCUGGUGAAGUUUGCCUGAGGCUCAGGGAUCCCCUACAAGCAAUACCAGCAGAUAUGCCCCCCCACCCCCGCACAGGCCAUGCCUGCCCUUCCAGAGGACACAGCUGAGGGCUGGAGGGAGCAAGCUGGUGUGCCCCCACCUAAUUCCAAUAAAGCCAUCUGUGCCCCACCUGGGGUCAUGGGGUA